AUGCGCAAGGCGCCAGCGCCCUCGUCGACGCUGCGCCGCAAUGGAGCUCGCAUUCGCAAGGCGCUGCAAGUUUGCGACCUCGACGAGCACGUCCAGCAGCUCCUGCAUUGCUUCCCCCCUCUGCGCGUCCUUGGACUCGACAUCAACACCAACAGCACUGGCUUUGCUGUGGUAACCGAACGUGGUCGCGUGUGUCGCUGGGGCCAUAUCCCCACGACGCAAUUUGCCAGCGCUGACGUGCUCCGCAUCGGCGGUGUCGUCGAUGGUAUCUUGGCGACUGUGCGCGAUGCCGAACAGCAGCAACAACCAGCAGCUCAAUGGCUCGUGGGCAUUGAAGCGUUCAUGCGGAUGUUCUGCUCUGGACGCUUCCACAACGCCGGCAUGUUCCAGCUCGCGCAGCUCAACGGCAUUGUGUCGUUUGCCUGUUGGAAGCGCUUCCACGUACUGCCGCUACACACGCACCCGUCGGCAGCGCGUGGGUUCUUCGGUCUCAGCGCGUCAUCGAAAGGCAGCACCAAGAGCAGCGUCAAGCACCGGGUCAUGGACUUCCUCGAGCACCACGAACCCGAAGCAACGCGUCGACAAGUUGCAACGUCGACAGCUCUGCCGGUGCUGGAGCGUAUGCGCACCGGUGCGCUGGCCGACUCGGCGUUCGACAUUGCCGACGCCUACGUGAUUGCGUCGUACACGCGCUCUGUUCACUUGCGAAAGCAGCUCGUGGUGCACUACCCGCAACUCGUGCAGCACUUUUCGACUCGGUACCUCGAGUUGACACACGAAGCAGUCGCAAAGGGGAAGAAAAACAAGAGGUCAGUCGAGACGGAGAAGCUGAAGACGAUGGACGAAAAGCAGACGCUUGCGUACACGAGUGGCCUGUUCGCGUUCGGCUUGGAGAACUGGUUCAAAGAGCACAACACGUGCUUCACGAUGCAGGACGACGACGACGACGACGAGGUGAGAUACACGCGGUCGUGGUCACACACGACUUGA